CCGGGCACGGCGAGCCGCAGGAACUGCAGUCGUGGCGAGAGCGGCCGCUCCAGAUGGGCUGUGGUGUCAGGGAUUUUCCUGUCAGUAACCCAGAAGGCUGUGUUCCUGACGGAAUGCUUUUUCAGCCUCUGGAGUCCUGGGGGUUUUGUACAGAUUUUCUGUCCCAGGAGCACAUUCUUUGUAAACAUGAACCUGUAGCCAAAAGCGUAUGAAUUCUAUUUAUUACAUAACCUGUCCCUCUGUAUUGGUGUGCCUUUCAAACCCCACUGCAGGUGCCUGCUGAGGGCUCUUUGUUGUGCCUGUCUCUGUAGUCAGCCCAUGCGCAGCUGGUGUGUGGAAGCUAGGCAGACCUGUUCUGCAAGUAUCUGCCUUCCUGUCAGCUGUGUGUUGGAUAUCCCAGGGGAGACCAGCAAAGAGCUGAAGCUGGGCGGGACUGGAUUAGAAAAAUCAGCGAGGAGGAACUUAAUCAUAAGAAUUAAAACCCUGCCAAGGUAGUCAUAGGAGUUAAUGGGAGUGGCCUCACAAGCUGGGAACCGGCAGCAGGAGAGCUUCAGGAAAAGACAACCGCCGGGCAAGGGAAGUGGUGUCAUUCAGGAAGUGGGGGUUGGAGGCUUGCUUGCUUGUAACUGAACAUGGCAGGGGAUGCGAAAAGAUUCUCACGGAUGCUUCUGGAGUGCAAUAGCAAUGACAAGCUAUGUGUUGUGCGUGAGUAUCAAACAGAAGUGAUCAUUGUCCCAGUUCUCCUGGUGGGAGUUUUUGUCACUGUCCUCACUGUGAUCCUUUGGCUCCACUGCCGCGGCCUGCGAGCAAAGCAGGAGCAAUCAGCACCAGCUGAAACCCAAGUGACAAGAAAGAAUCAGCAGGAACCCUGCUCAACAGAGAACCACUACAUCCAGCUGACUGAGAGAUCUGUGGAGAGCCUGCUAAAUUCUGGAUCCUUGACUCUGAAAGAAUUAGAGAUACCACGAGAGAAACUCUUACCAGACACCUUGCAGCUGAUAAAACUUGGGAGCUAUGGGAGCAUCUACAGAGGACAGCUAGAAACUGGGAGCUCUGGGAAGACAAAGACUGUGAUAUUGAAAGCCUUGCAAGAUCCAGCUAGUCCCCAGAAAGUAAAGGAUUUCUUGGGAAGGAUUAAAUUUCAUCAAAAUCUUGGCCAUCAUGAGAACCUGGUUGAAUUGGUUGGAUGUUGUGUAGACCAGCUCCCACUUUAUAUGAUCAUGGAAGAUGUGUCUCUUGGUGACCUGUUGACAUUUCUGUGGACAUGUCGGAAGGAUGUAAUGGCAAUGGAUGGUGUCCCCUAUGACCUCACUGAGAGGCAGGUAUAUGAGGUUGGACAGCAGGUUGCAGCAGCUCUGGCUUAUCUCGAAGAAAAGAACUUGUUCCAUGGUGACAUUGCUGCCAAGAAUGUCCUUCUCCAUGACAACUUCACUGCUAAGCUCUGUGGUUUGGGCCUGGCCUAUGAAACUCACACACAUGGUGCCAGCUCAGUCACACGGAAAGUGCCCGUCAAGUGGCAGGCACCAGAGAGGCUCCUGAGCAAACCCCCUACCAUCAAGGCAGACAUAUGGUCUUUUGGAAUUCUACUGUAUGAAAUGAUUACAUUAGGUGCUCCACCAUAUCCUGAGGUGCCACCUUCUGACAUCUUAUCAUACCUGCAGAAACAGAAUAUUAUGAAGCAGCCCUUGAGCUGUCAGCAAGCCAUGUACUGCAUCAUGAAGUCCUGCUGGCAGUGGAGUGCAGCUCACCGGCCUUCCCCAGCACAGCUCUUGUGCUCCCUGAAAACAGCUAUGAAGACCAGCAAUGGGCACACAGUGCUGCAGGUGCCUGAGCCAGUGGUGCCUGAACUCUAUGCUGAUGUUGCUGGUGUUGAUGUGCAUAGCCUGGUGAGGGAAUACACAAUCCUCUAAAGGGUCCUUUCAUAUUUUGGUAAAGCAGAAAGAAGUCUCAGAGUUUCCCUUUCUAAAUAUUUUGCAAGCUUGGAAUGAGGUGUGUAUAUUGGAAGGGAUCCCUUUGUUCUUCAAACAUCUAUAUAUCUUCAUGCUAGACACAAGAAACUGUUAUCAUCAUUGUUAAAUCAACUUGUUGGUAUCAUUCUGCCCAUCAUUUGGAAGUAAAGUGUGUUAGGAAGCUGUAGAAAAUGUAAUGAGAAACUUGAAUUAAAGGAGUGUUUGGUUUGUCUGGCAAGGUUUUGGUGGUGGGGUGGACUGCAGAGGUGACUUCUGUGAGAAGAUGCCAGAAACUUCCCUCAGCUCCACGAUGGACCUGCUGCUGGUCAAGGCUAAGCCCUUCAGCAACACUGGUAGCACCUCCAUGAUUACAUAUUUAAGAAAGUGUAAAAGAUACUGCACAACAGCAGGUGAAAGAGAGGAGUGUGAAUGUGAGCGGAACAGCUGUGCAAACACCCGGGGCAGGGCAGAAGGAGGGGUAGGAGCUGCUCCAGAGCUGAGAUUUCCCUGAGAUUCUGUGGUACAGCCCACAGAGAGGUGGCUGAGCCCCUGCAGCCCUUGCAGGGCAGGGGCGGGUGCAGAGAUCCACCUGCAGUCCCUGAAGGAGCCUACCCCCGAGCAGGGGCAUGUCUGAAGGAGGCUGUGACUCCAAGGGAAGCCUGUGCUGGAGCAGAAUCUGUCCUAGCAGAAUCUGUGGAGAGAGGAGCCCUCACUGGAGAAGGACUGCACCUCAUAGAAAGGGACUCAUGCUGGAGCACUUCAUGAAAAACAACCCUUGCGAAGAAAUUCUUGUAGGACCUACUUUCCUUUGGAGGGAUGCCACACUGGAGCAGGGAAAGCGUGUGAGGAGUCCUCUCCGUGCGGAGGAAGGAGCAGCAGAGACAAUGUGAGAAGAAUUCACCACAACCCCCAUUCUCCCUGCUGGAUGAGAAAAGGUAGAGAAAUUGGGAGUGAAGCUGAGCCUGGGAAGAAGGGAAGGGUAGAGGAAGGUGCUGUAAUACUUGGUUUUAUUUCUCAUUAUACUUCCUAAUUUGAUUAGCAAAAAACUAUUUUUUCUCAAGUUGAGUCUGUUUUGCCAAUAACAGUAAUUGGUGAAUGAUCUCUUGCUCUCCUUGUCUUGAGCUGGGAGCCUUUUGUUAUAUUUUCUCUCCCCUGUCCAGUUAAGAAGAGGAAAUUACACAGUGGCUGGAUGGGUACCUGCCAUGAGGUUUCUGGAAAUUUUUCACCAUCUUUUCUGUCCCAGGAAAAUGCAUCAGUUGGGUAUUUGAAAGAGAAGAUGUCCUGGGGAACAUGCUGUGGUGGUAUUCAAUAAUUCUCUGGGAUUUCUCCAGUGCUUUAUGCUCUAGCUUCCCUUGGGAGCAUGUGCACUGUAUUCAAACACACAUAAAACCAAUCCCCACGCCUCCUUUCCCAGCAACAACAACAAAACCAAGCAAAACCCUUCUGUGGAUGCAGAAGCUGUUACAUAAAUGUCAUACAUCUUCAAUGGAGAGUGUGCUUUCUCUGCAGGUCAGGGGAGUACUCCAAAGCUUAUAUGAAAUUUUUUUAUCAUUGAUUUUCAUGGACAUGCAGACAUGAUAAAAAAUUUGCACUGGAAGUUGUGGCUAUUUUACUUUCAUUUAAAAAGAAGCAGAAUCAGUCUGUGAAACAGAUUUUCUCGCGUCUGUUUUUAAAGUUGACAGUAUCUUAGGGUUAUUUUUUCUCUUACUAUUUUGAAACUGUGAGCACUAAAGAUCCUUGUGAAAAAAGACUAAAUACACAUUAAAGGAAUAAUUUUACCA